CGUCUGCUAAAAAGUAAAAAUAAAAAAAAAAAAAUGAUGUGUGAAGAGAAAUAUUUUAUUUUUAUUGUUUAAAAGAAUGUUAUUACUGAAAUGAAUUAUAUGUAAAUAGUAUUGAUGCAAUUAAAACAAAAAAUCAUUUUUUACCAGACGCAAAUAUCAAUUUUCAAAUAAAAAGGCUUGAAUUUAUAUUUAUAAUACAUAAAUUUUAAAUCAUUAUUAAAUAAUUAUUUUUAUCAAGAUUUACAAAAAUGCCUAAAGUAUUGUUAACAGAAACUAUUUCUAUGGAGCUUGGAGCCCAAGAUCCAUGGCCGCAAUUAAUUAAAAUGUAUCAACCAUAUGAGGUCGAACAAAUUUUAUUGCCGGACAAUUCAAAUUGUCUCGCUGUACAAGCAUAUUUAAAAAUGUGUAAUUUAGAAUUUCAAGUUGAACCACGAAGAAAUGCCGAAUAUAUGUCACCCUCUGGACGUGUUCCAUUCAUAGAAUGCGGUGCAUUUGUCAUCUCAGAUUUCAAUGGAAUUGUUAAUUUUAUUAAUUCAAAAGGCACAAGUUUAUCAGAUGAAUUAGAAGCAACCGAUAAAGCAGACAUGAGAGCAUAUAUUUCAUUGGUAAAUGAUGUUCUUGUUAAUGCCGAACAAUAUAUUUGUUGGUGUGAAAAAGAUACAUUGAACAAUAUCACAAAACCAAGAUAUGGAAGUGUUUAUCCAUGGCCAUUAAAUUAUAUUUUAAAUUGGCAAAAACAAUCGCAAGUGAUAAAAAAACUCAAAGUUUUAGGCUGGUAUAAUAAAACACUCGAUGAAGUUCUUGAUGAAGUGAAAAAUUGCUGUGAUGCACUAUCUGAACGACUUGAGAAUAAAACAUAUUUUUUCGGCGAAAGACCAAACGAAUUGGAUGCCCUAGUUUUUGGACAUAUGUUUACAAUUAUAACAACAUCGCUUCCAAAAAAUUUAUUGGCUGAUAUCAUCAAUAAAUAUCCCACGCUUGUUACAUUUUGCAAGCGCAUCGAAAAUAGCAUUUUUUACUCUCAAGCUAUCUUUGAAACAGAGAAUUGGAGGCGAGAAUUAAGUAGCACGACUCAUUAAAAAAAAAAAAACUAAAAAAAAAUUCCAAUUGGUGAUCGCACUACAUCUUCACAAUGUACCUGCUCAUUUACUACCUCAGAUCAUGUAACAUCACAAUCAACUGAGCGCAUGAUCUUUUAAUAAUUACUGAAAGCAAAAAAAAUAUAUAUAUAUAUUUAAUUGUAAAUAGUAAAAAAAAAAAACGGAAAACUUAUUUUUCAGUUAAUUUAUUUCUUAAUCGAAUUAAAGACUAUUUUUUCCUAUUUAUUUUAAUUGCUUUUUUUAACAAUAAAAAUUUGUCAACUCGAAACGAAAAAAAAAAAUAAAUUUUUAUUGAAACGAAUGUCAGUUACGUACUUCUUGUCUCCAACAUCUGGAAAUUAUUCCCCAAUCUAAAUUAUUUUACAAAUAUUUCAAUUUUUUUCGUUUGAAAAAAAAAAUAAUGUUUUCAAAAUUUACAAAAUUAAAUAAGAAACAUUUAUAUUUCGAACAUUUAUUUUUUUAUAUGUCUUUUACAAUUUUCUCAGUCGUAACAAUUUUUGAACUUGUACAUUUUUCUCUUUAAAUUCAAAGUAUUUGCGACAUAGUUUCUUUUUUUGGAAAAAUGAAAUUUUCUUAAAAAUUAUUUUCAUAUCUCAAAUGUUUCAUUCUAAAAGAAUGAUUUUUUUUUAAUUUUCCAAAUUUUAGUAAAAAAAAAAAAAAAAAAAAUAAUAAAUAAAGCGUAAUGAAAGAAAAAUAAUAUUUUUAAAAGAAUUAAAAAAAUUUUAAACUAAUAUACAAAAAUAAUAAGGAUUAAAAUAACUCGAACUCUAUCCUAGAUAAUUUUUUUUAUUUUCAAAAUACUUUCUCGAGAUACUUAAUUUUCAAGUUUUCUUUUUUGGAAGACUACUCUCUGAAAAUGCUUUGAGAAUAUUUACAUUUCUUUGCUAUUUUCGGAGAAACUUCACAUUUCAUUUUUUUAUGUCUCGAAUUUAAUUUUUUUUCAUUCACUAAUUACGUUAAUUAUAAAAUAUAAAUUAUCCCUUGCGCGUUUUUUUGUUGCCUCUCCUAAAAAGGAAAUUUUUUUUUUUUACAGUAAUAACAUUUUUUCAAUAAAUUUUUUUAAAUAUCAAAAUAAAAAAAUGUGAUUUUCAAUUUUCAACAAUAUUUACAAAUUUUCUCUUUUUUUCAAAUAGAGCGAAAUCAAAAGAUUUUCGUUAAAAACACGAAAGGGAUUUAUUAUAAAAAAUCUCUGUUAUAUUAAGCUCGAAUUUUCAAUUUUUCGUUUAAGACUAAUUUCUAUAUAUAUAUAUAUAUAUAAUAAAAAUUUUGAAUUUAAAAUUUACAUAAGAGUUUGAAUUAUUAAAUUUAUUAUAUAUUUGUGUAAUUUAAGAGAAGGAUUAAAGAAAAAAGAAAGUGCCAAAGAAUAUUAAGGAAAAAAUAGAGUAAUGUGUAUUGACAAAAAAACACAGAUUGAAGUGAAUUAAAAAUAGAAAAGUAUUAAACAUUUUUUUUCUUUUUUUGUAGAUUAACUGCAUUUUUUAUGAACAAAAAAAAAUGACCUUGCAAGAAUUUUUUUUCAUUUUUCUUUGCAAGCGAAAGUUUCAAGUUUCCUUUACAACUACAAUUCAUUUACGAUUCUAUAACAUCUGCGAUGUAUGUACAUGACAAGAUUAUAAAUAUUCUCUAAUUAAUUGUGCUCUAAACAGGUGUAACAUCUACAACGAUUUUUUUUUAUUUUUUUAUUUUUUGUUGGUCUCGUUUAGGAUGACAAUCAUAAACUAAAGAAAAACAUAUAUAUAUUUUUUUUUUCAUCGUUUCUUGGAAGAAGAAAAAAUUUGUUUCUUGAAAACAAUUUUUUUUUUUUUAAUUACCAAAAUGCGAUGGAAAUUUUUCUUUUAAACAAUUCUUUAGUUUGUGAUUGUAUCUGGUGGGUCGAACAACUUAUCUACUUACAAAACCAUGCGAAAAUGCAGUUUUUUUUUUUCGAAGACAGUUUCAUCAUUGACGGAUAAUUUUAAUUUACCACCAUUUUAUAAAAAAGAGAGUAUUUUUAUAUAAAUAAAAUUCAGUCGUUGAAAAAAAAAAUAAUAAUUUUCUAAAUUAAAAAAGUAAUAAGAAAAUGAAUUUCAAAAAUUAAAUCUAAAUUUUUACGAUUUAAUCGUUUUAAUUUACAUUUUAUAUUUAUAUUUAAUAAUAAUAAUAAACAAUUCGUGCUGAAUUCAUUAAUAGUCAAUGUCAAUGAUUUGUCAUUCGAAUUUUGUACAAUUUUGUCAAUGACUAUUUUUGUGAUUAUGAACUUCUAUCUACGAAUUACUUAAGCAAUUUUACACCUUUACAUAUAUAAUGAUAAAGAAAAAAUAUUUAUCUGAAAAAAAUUGUCCCGACAAAUUUUCGAUUAAAUUUCAGAUAAAUAUUUUUUACUCAAGGUAUUUGCAUAUUUUUUUUAUUUUUAUUUAUUCUUAAAUAUUCAUGUAUAUAAUUGUUUAUUAAUGUAUGGCAUAUUUUCUUGUCGGCGCUUCAGUCAAAAACGUUAUUAACAUUUGAACGUGAUUUAAUAUUUCUUUGAAAUUAACUUUAAAAAAGAAAAAAUCCAAUUCUAAUUUGCAAAGUCUUUUUUUUUAAAUAAAAAACAUAUAUAUACAUCUCGAAAAUAAAAUUGUCAUAAUAAAAUUUAUCAACAUUUUUUGUAAAGAGGAAAAUAAAUUUUUAAUUUUUGCUUCAAAAUUAAAAUAAUUUUGCUUUGUACUUGAAAGUGACUAAUUCGAAUAACGUUCAUAUUUUCACUUCAAACACCGUUUUUUUUUCGAGACUAUAUAUAUUUAUAUUAUAGAAUCCAUUAUAUAUAUAUUUUGUAAAUAUUUUAUUAUUUUUCGAGAAAAAAUGCAGAGAGAAAUUUAUUUAUCUAAAAUUGGACCUAUUUUCAGAAUAGAAAGCUUUCAUGUUACAAUUUUGAACUUGCUUUUUCCUCUAACUUAUAUAAAUUGAUAGAAGAUAUUUUUUUUUUUUCCUUUUU